AUGUUUGGUUAUAACAGUAAUGAGGAAGAUUGUGGUGAUGUUGCAAUUAUUGGUAUAGGAUUGAGAUUUUCAAGUGGUGAUUUAAAUGAAUCAAUUUCAAAACCAAAUCAAUUAUUUAAUUCAUUAUUAGAUGGAUUUAAUGGAAUUGUUAAUACUUCCGAAAGAUGGUCUGAUAAUUAUUAUUUAAAUGGUGAAAUUAAUUCAGUUUCUGCAGGUUUAUUACCUCUUGAUGAAUGGAAAAGAUUUGAUCCAAUUUUCUUUGGAAUUAAUCCAAGUUAUGAUAAUGUUGUUACAAUUGAUCCUCAACAAAGAUUAUUAUUAAAAUGCGUAUGGGAAGCAUUAGAAGAUAGUGGUAUUGAUCCAAUUAGUUUACGUGGUACAAAUACAAGUACAUUUAUUGGUUGUAGUACUACUGAUUAUUGCAGUCUUCAAAAAUCGCCGUUUGAAACUCAAAAUAAUAUUUUUGGUUCUUCAAAUCAUUCAGUUGCAAACAGAAUCGGUUAUUGCUUUGAUUUUAGAGGUGAGAAUUUUACAAUUGAUUCAGCUUGCUCCAGUUCUCUAAAUGCAAUUAAUUGUGGAUACAAUUCGAUCAAAUCAAAUAAAUCAAAUGUAUCAGUUGUUGGUGGUGUUAAUUUUAUAUUAGACCCAAAUAUUUCAAAAUCAUUCACACAAUUAAAUAUUUUAAGUCCAACUGGUAAAUGUCAUUCUUUUUCAUCGGAUGCUGAUGGUUACGUUCGUUCAGAAGGUGUUGGAAUAGUCAUAUUAAAGAAACUAAAAGAUGCAAUUAAAGAUUCAAAUAAUAUCUAUUGUGUAAUCAAAGGUUCAAGUUCAAAUAUCGAUGGAAACUAUGAUAAAUUAAACUUUUAUUCACCAUCAAAAUCAUCUCAAUAUGAAAAUAUGAAAUUAGCAAUCAAAUCAACCAAUGGUCAAAUCAAUGAAUCUGAUAUUGAUUAUUGUGAAGCUCAUGGUACUGGUACUCCAACUGGUGAUCCAAUUGAAUUAGAAGGUAUUUCAAGACUUUUCAGUCAUAAUAAUAAUAAUAACAAUAACAAUAAACAAGUUUUAGUUGGCUCAAUUAAAUCAAACAUUGGACAUACUGAAGCAUGUUCUGGAGUUGCAUCAUUAAUUAAAUGUUGUUUAAUGUUUAAGAAUAAAUUAUUUCUUCAAAAUAUUAACUUCAAAGAACCAAAUCCAUUAAUAAAUUUCAAAGAAUGGGCAUUAAAAGUCGUAACUGAACCAAUUAAGUUCAAUGAAAAUAAAACCACCGUUAUGUUAAUUAAUAAUUUUGGUGUUACUGGUUCAAAUGUUUGUUUAAUAUUAUCAGAAUUUAAAGAAAAACGUUAUAAUAAUAAUGAAUACAGUAGUGAUAAUGCUUGUGAACAAAUAGACAUUGAUAGUAAAGUAAUUGAAAAAAAGAAAUUUUUAAUACCACUCUCAAGUAAUUCAUCAACAUCAUUAGAUAAUUAUAAAUCAAUAAUAGUCAAUAAUAAUUAUGAUGAUUCGAAUUCAUCAACAAGAAGUUUUCAAGAAUUUGUUUAUAAUCAAAUCAAAUUCAAAUCAACAUCAUUAAUUCAAAAAUCAGUUAUAAUCGCAAGUGAUUGGAAUGAAUUUCAAGAUGAUGAUAAUCAAAUAAAGUUGAAAAAUAGUGAGGGUUUAAUUUCAAAUAUUACUGUUGAAAAAAAGAAAUCACCACUCACAGUAAUGGUAUUUUGUGGUCAAAGUUCACAAUAUAAUAAAAUGGCAUUAUCGCUAUACGAGAAUGAACCAAUAUUCAAAGAAUCAGUGAAUAGAUUCGAUAAAGAGUUAUUCAAGUAUUAUGGUUAUUCAGUUUUAGAUAGAUUAAGAUCAGUCAGUGAUAAAGAUGAAAUAUCAAUCCAUCUACCAAUUUUAGCACAACCAGCAAAUAUAAUGAUUCAAAUAUCACUCUAUGAACUAUAUAAACAUUGGGGUGUUUCAGCAGAUAUCAUCGUUGGUCAUUCUCUUGGUGAAAUGUCAUCAUCCUAUUCAUCAGGUAUGAUCGAUUUUGAAACAUUGUGCUACUUAAUCUAUCAUAGAUCACUAGCUCAAAAUAGAACCACAGGUACAGGUAGAAUGUUAUCAGUCAAUAUUAGUUAUGAUGAAUUUAUUGAGAAAUACCAAUCCAAAAACAAUAAAUACGAAACACUUGAAAUUGCAUGUUACAAUUCACCAACAUCAAUCGUUAUUGCAGGUAAAGAAGAUCUAUUAAAUGAAAUUUCAAAAGAAUUUAAAUCAAAUGAUAUCUUUUGUGCAAUGUUAGGAUCGUUAUCAUCAUUUCAUACAUCAAGUCAAUUUAUGAUAAAAGAUGAAGUAUGCUCAUUGGUAUUUAAAUCAAAACUACCAUCAGUACCAGUAUUUUCAACAGUCACAACUAAUUUAUUCAAUGAUCAAACACCAUAUAAUGCAAAUUAUGUAUGGGAGAAUAUUUAUCAACCAGUAUCAUUCACACAGACCAUCAGCAAUCUUUACAAACAUAUCGAGUCUAAUGAUAUGGGUAAUGAAAUUACAUUCAUUGAAGUUGCACCUCAUCCAACAUUACAAUUUUACUUGAAUCAAAUGAAAUCAAUUCAAUCAAGUUACUUUAAUCAUGGUAAAAGCGUUACAAUCUAUUCACCAUUACACAAAAAGAAGAAUGAUUAUAAUGAAUUUUUAAAAACAAUCUCUUUAUUAUAUGUAAAUAAUAAUUUUAAUAUUAAUUUUAAAUCACAAUUAACCAACAUCAAUAAUAAUAAAAUCAAGAGCAACAGCAACAGUAAUAGCAACAAAAAUAAUAACAAAAUAAUCCAAUUCAAUGAUAAUAACUUGCCUCUUUAUCAAUGGGAUGAUAAUGAAUACUUUAAAUUAAAUCCAUUUCAUGAAAAGAUUACAAGUGAAGGUCCACCCAUUCAAAACCUUGGUAAUAGUAUUGAUUCAGCAUGUUCAACCUAUCAAACAUUUAUUGAUAUUAAGAAACCACCAUUUCAAUGGUUAAAAGGUCAUCAAGUCAGUGAUAAAUUUUACUAUCCUGGAAUGGGUUAUGUUCAAAAUCUAUUAUCAAUUUAUCCAAAUCAAGAUAUAACAAUUAGCUCAUUAGAAUUUAAAUCACCAUUAGUAUUAACAGAAGGUAAUAAUCAAUGUUUAGAAACUACAGUUUCUCUCCUCUCAAAGAAUGAAUUCAACGUUAAAAGUCAUUACAAAGAUCAAAAAACAAAUCAAUGGAUAUUAUCAUCACUUGGUAAUUUUAGUUUAUUCAAACAUAACAGUAUCAAUAGUGAAAAAUUAAUUAACAUUCAAGCAUUAAAAGAUAAAUGUAAUUUUACAACAAUAUCAAAACAAGAAUUUUAUGAAACAAUUAAAAUCAAAACAAAUUUAACAUAUAAAGGUUUAUUCCAAGGUGUAAAAGAAUGUUCAAUUGGUAAUAAUUGUUCACUCGCUGUAGUAUCAUUAAAUGAAAUCAAUAAUCAUACAAUUAGUAAUCAUAGUACUAUUGGCCGUUCAUUGUUUAAUGCUGCAACUUUAGAUUCUUGUUUACAUGGUUCAUUAAUUGUAGUUGCACAACCAAUUGUACUCGAUAGAAUUGAAGGUUUCAAAUUAUACUCUUCAAAUAUUCCAUCAUCGUCAUCGUCGAGCAAAGAUGACAAUGACUGUGACAGUAAUAAUAAUAAUAAUAGUAAUAAUUUUAUUAAAGAAUUAUAUGUUUACACUGAAGCAAAAGCAAAAACCAAUUAUCAAUCAUUCUCAGCAUCAGUUAAAAUCAUACUUCCAAAUGGUAGAUUAUUAAUGGAGAUCUCAAUGGUGGUUUGUACAUCAGUUUCACUUGUAAAUCCAAGAAGCAGUAUAAUUUGUAAACCACCUUCAAAUGAAAUUUAUACACCAUGGCUUCAACCAAAAGAUUCAAUCAUCAACAAACCUCAACAAUUCAAACAUUUAUAUAGUGUAGAUGAAUUUAUUGCCAAAGAAGAAGAUAAUCAAAUCAUUUCAACUGAACUGUUAUUAUCAUUAUUUUAUAAACAUAUCAACGUUAGAUGUCCAACUAUAAAUUUAGAAUCAUUAAUAACAUUAGAAUAUAAUCAAUUUAAACAACUAUAUUAUAACAACAAUGGUUCAGUAAAUGAAAAUCUUUUCAAAUUCGUUUUUGAAAUCUUAAAGAGUUAUAGUAGUAAUAAUAUUCUUAAUCACAAUAACAGUGAAAACAACAACAAUGAAAACAGUAAUAAUGAAUCACUAUAUUAUUUUGAACAAUUAUAUAUUAAAACAACUAAAAUAAUAGCAAAACAACUAUUCCCAUUAAAAGAUGAUGAUUCAUUUACAGAUACACCACAAUCAUUAUUCAAGAAUGUAUAUUUAGAUGAAUUUUAUAAAAAUUUUAGAGCAGUUCAACCAUUAAAUAACUUAUUAAGUGAAAUUAUAAUUGAAGCACUCAAACCAAUUUUAAAUCAACCAAUUGUAUUUCGUAUAUUAGAAGCAGGUGGUGGUACUGGUAGUCUUAGUUUAUUAAUUUUAGAAAAGAUUUGUAAACUUUUAAAUGCAAAUCCAAACUCAGUCAUUGAUAUCGAAUUCACAUGGAGUGAUGUUUCAUCGUCUUUUUUUACAGAGAUUAAAGAGAAGUUUUCACCAUUUACAGCUCACAAAAAUUUCAAUAUUAUCCACCGUGUAUUAGAUUUAGAGAAACCAUUAUUUGAUCAAGACUUAAAACCAUCCUAUUAUGAUCUCGUUGUUAUAUCAAAUGUAAUGCAUGUCGUUAAGAAACUUAAACCAACAUUGGAUGAAAUUCAUAAUAUAUUAACACCAAAUGGUCAACUGCUAUUUAUUGAACCACCUUAUAAAUCAAUUUAUUAUGAUUCUAUUAUGGGUUGUUUUUCACAAUGGUGGCCAUCACCCGAUAGUGAUACCGAGUUAAGACCUGAUAGAAGUUGUAUGAAUCAAGAAAAAUGGAUUAAACUUUUAAAUGAAACAAACUAUAGAGAUACAAUUAUAUCUGGUAAUGACAAUUUAAUAUUUUUAAUUCAAACAAGAAAACCAUCAAUUAAUGAAAUCAUUUCAAAACAAUCAUCAGAUUCAUCAUUGGAUCAAUUUAAUUCUUUCAAUAAAAUCAUUUUAUUUGGUAAUAAUAAUAAUAAUGGUUGUAGCCUUCAAAAUUCAAUAUCAUCAAAUCAAGAAUUAAAAAGUAAAAUCAUUAAUAUUAAUAAUUUUAAUGAAUUUCAAACAUGGAUUACAAAUAAUUAUGAUAAUAGUGAUGGUUUUGGCAAUAGUAAAACAUUAAUAAUAUUUUUAAAGUCAAUUGAACCAAUUAAUAUUUCAAAUUUCAAAGAAAUAACCUAUGAAUAUAUUCAAAUCAAUCAAUUAAUAUUAAAAUUAGAAUUAACAAAUAAUUUCAAACAUUUAUUACUAUCAUUGGAUUCAACAACUGAUAAUUACUUAUCAUCAUCAAUUAUUGGUGCAGCACGUUAUUUCGUUGAAUAUCCACAAUUAGAUUUAUAUAUUUUGAAUUAUGACAGAAUUUCUUUGAAAAUUUUAAAUAAUAGUAGUGGUAGCAGUAGUAGUAGCAGCAGUAGUAGUAGUAGCAGUAUCAGUGGUAGUAGCGGUAGCAGUUAUAAUAGUAGUAAUGUUAGUAUUAGUAGUUGCAAGCAACAACAAUUAUCAUUAAUCAACUAUUUAAUCAAUGCAAAUAAUAAUAUUCAAAAAGAAUUUACAAUUAAUAAUAAUAAAGUAUACUAUGAAAGAUAUACUAGACAUUCAAAUAAAAUUAAAUGUAAUUUACAAUCAAAAUCAUUUGAAACAAAUAAAGAUAAUUUAUUGAUUCAAUUAGAUUCAAAUUUAGAAUAUCAAUUAUAUAGCAAGAGAGUUGAAAUAAAUUCAAAAGAAGUAGAGAUCGAAAUUAAAGCAACAGGUAUAAACUAUAAAGAUUAUUUAAUGCAUAUUGGUAUGGUUAGCAGUGAUUUAGAUUUAAAGUAUGGUAAAGAAUAUGAAGUUGAAAAUGGUAUCGGUAUUGAAAAUCCUAUGAUUGGUAUCGAUUUUAGUGGUAUCAUUACAAGAUUAGGUAGUGAUGCAGAGAGAAAUAAAUUUAAAGUAGGUGACCAUGUUUGUGGUGUCGCAUCAAAAACAAGUGGUUCUCAUGUGGUCAUAGAUUAUAAUUUUAUUUAUCAUCAACCUUUAAAUUAUAAUCAUUCAAUUUCAGCAUCAAUUCCAUCGAUAUAUAUUACAUCACUACAUAGUAUCUAUGGUGUUGGUAAUUUAAAAUCAAAUGAAUCCAUUUUAAUUCACUCAGCAGCAAGUGGUAUUGGUAUUUCAUCUUUAGAUUUAUUAAAAUGCAAAAAACAUCAAGGUCAUAUAUUUUUAACAGUUGGUUCAAAAGAUAAAGAAGAUUAUUUAAUAAAGAACUAUGGAUCAUUCAUUACCGCUAUCUAUUCAUCUCGUAAUAAAGACUAUGUCAAUGAAAUAAAGAAUAAAUUAAUUGAAUUAGGAGAAGUCGAACAACAAGGUGUAGAUUUAAUAUUAAACACACUAUCAUCAGAAUUUAUGGAUUCAAAUUUCCAAUGUUUAAAUAUGUCAGGACGUAUCGUUGAUUUAAGUGUUACUCAUCUCACACCAAAUGACUAUAUUGUCAAUAAUCUUUUCAAAUAUAAUAUGGGUUACAACAAUGUUGAAAUGCUUUAUUUCAAUGGUAAAAUGGUCAGAAGUUAUUUAAAGAAAAUCAUCAAAAUGAUCAAUUCAAACAAAUUAGAGUUAAGUAUACCAAUCAUUGAAUAUUCAAAUAAUCAGUUCAAAGAUGCAAUCGAAUAUGUUAAUCAAGGAAAACAUAUCGGUAAAAUUAUCGUAAAUCAUAAUCAAGAUGAGUUUAAUAGAGUUUAUAAUAACUAUCAACAAAACAAUAAUAAUAAUCAAAUUAUAAUGAAACAUUCAUAUGAUAUAUCAAAGUUAAAUAUGGGUAAAAACAUUUUACUCACUGGUCAAACUGGUAUCAUUUUAGAAAUAAUGAAAUACUUGAUUAGAUAUUCAAAUCACUCAAUUCAGAAUAUGAUAAUACUUUCAAAAUCAAAAUUAAAAUGGGAAUUAGAAUUAUUAAUUAAUCAAACUAAAUUUAUCAAAGAUAAUAUCAUUAAAUUCCAUUUUAUUCAAAUCGAUAUUGAAGAUUCAAAUAAAGUCAAUCAAGUAUUGAAUCAAUUAGAACUAAAUGAGAAUAUUACGAAUAUCGAUUCAAUCAUUCAUUUUGCAUUUAAUAAUGAUAUUGGUGAUGUUCAAGAUGUUAAUAUGAAUCGUUUAAAUAUUGCUCAUGGUGCAAAAACAAUUGGAGCCAUUAAUCUUCACAAUGAAUCAAUUAAUCGUUCAUGGAAAAUUAAACAAUUUAUAAUUGCAUCUUCAGUGGCAUCAGUUCUAGGAUCAGAUCAACAAUGUUGUUAUAUUAGUGCUUGUAGUGUUAUAGAUUCAUUAUCAAAGUAUAGACAUUCACUGGGAUUACCAUCUUUAGCAAUUAACUUAGGUACUAUAGCUUCAACUGGAUUUAUAUCACGUAAUAAUGCAAUUGAAACCAUGUUUAAGAGUUCAUUUUUGAAUUUAUUCUCACCUCAACUCGUUAUUAGUUCAUUAGAUUUAUUCAUCCAAAAUCAACAUCAAUAUCCAAAUUAUAGUUUAAUAGAUUUCAAUUUUGAAGUUAUGUUAACUUCACCAAAUUACCAUCUUUACAAAUUUGAUUAUGAAAUUAAUAUUUUCAAAAAAUCAUAUCAAAUCAAUACCAAUUUCAGUAGUGGUAGUGGUAGUGAUAAUGAAUUCAUUCAUUCAACAAUUUUAAACAAAAUCAGUGAAUUAUUAUCAAUUGAUGAAUCUAAAGUUAAUGAAGAUUUACAACUUACACAAUAUGGUAUGGACAGUUUAGUAAUAGUACAAUUAAAGAAUUUUAUCGAUAAUCAAUUAGGUCAUAAUCUUAUUACAAUUCAUCAAUUACAACAUAAUAAAAUCAAUCAAUCAAUUGAUAUUAUUAAAUUUGGUUAUCUAAUUAAUAAAAACAAAUUCAAAUACAAAAAUAAUAAUAUAAAUUCUCCUUCAGAAGAAAAUUUUUAA